GCCCUGCCUUGCGCCCCCCCCCCACCCCACAGCGGUGGAAUGGAGCAGUGAUGAAUGGGGACGCCCCCCCCAGCAGCCCCGAGCCGUCCUCCUGCCCCCUGCCCGACUGGAAGGAGUUCUGCGAGCUGCACGCUCGGGCGUGCGCCUCCGACUUCGCCCACAAGUUCCGCCGCUUCGUCAGCGAGAACCCGUGCUACGACUCGCCGGGCGCCGACGCCUCCUUCUCCCAGCACUUCGCCAAGCACUUCCUGGACUGCUUUUCGGCCGAGCUGAGCCUGGCGCCCCCCUCGGGCUCCCCCGCCGGGCCCAAGUACAGCAUCGUCCCCUUCGUGGGCAUCCAGAGCUGCCUGCUGCCCUACGACCUCUACCCGCGCCGCAAGGACGCCGGGGCCUCCAGCGAAUCGCUGGACAGCAUGGACAGCGCCGCCGGCAACCCCCCGCCCCCGGCCCCGCCCCCCGGCCCCAAGGCUUCGGCCCUCGGCCAAUCGCGGAGCACGGAGGACGUGUCGGCGGGGCACCCCAAGGCCAAGUUCAAAAAGGGCUUCUCCCUGCGCAACAUGAGCCUGUGCGUGGUGGACGGGGUGCGGGAGAUCUGGCACCGCCGCGCCUCGCCCGAGCCGGAGGGGGUGCGGCGGGCCAACGGGGGCCCCCGCCUGCGGCUGAGCAGGGCGGCGCCGGCGCAGAGGGCGGAGCCGCUGGAGGUCCAGCGCGAGGGCGCGCUGCGCUACAUGGUGGCGGACGACGCCACCUGCAUGGGCGGCUCGCUGUGGCAGAAGUGCCGGCUGCUGCUGCGCAAGUCCGUCCCCCGCGGCGAGGGCGAGCGCUUCCUGCUCGAGUUCUACGUCCCGCCCAAGUCCUCCAAGCCCAAGGUGUGCGUCCCUCUGUCUGCCAUCGUGGAGGUGAGGACCACGAUGCCUUUGGAGAUGCCUGACAAGGACAACACCUUUGUGCUGAAGGUGGAGAACGGAGCGGAGUACAUCCUGGAGACCAUCGAUUCGCUGCAGAAGAACUCCUGGGUCGCGGACAUCCAGGACUGCAUCGACCCCGGGGACAGUGGGGAUGAUAUUGAGUUGACAUCAUGUCCUCAUGGUCAGCCUCCCAGAGAGUUUCCCAUAGUCUCCUCCUGCAGCUGUGAGCUCCUGUCUGAAGGUGUACACAGAGCGCCUGAGAGGCAGUGCUCAGCUGCUUCAGACCACUACAGCACCCCCUCUGGCCGUUUCCGGGAGUGCACCCUCACACAGCACCCCACUCACAUCCCACUGGAGCGCUUCCUUCAGCUGCCAGAGGCCCAGGGGCCCACCCCCCCCGCCGGGGGCCAGACGGAGGGGGCCCCCGAGGCGCAGGGGGACCCCAGCCUGGCGGGGUACCCCUGGUUCCACGGCACGCUGUCGCGGGUGCGGGCGGCCCAGCUGGUGCUGGCGGGCGGGGCCCGGAGUCACGGCCUCUUCGUGAUUCGUCAGAGCGAGACCCGCCCCGGGGAGUACGUCCUCACCUUCAACUUCCAGGGCAAGGCCAAGCACCUGCGGCUGUCGGUGAACAGUAACGGCCAGUGCCACGUGCAUCACCUGUGGUUCCAGACGGUGUCUGACAUGCUGCGGCACUUCCACACGCACCCCAUCCCCCUGGAGUCUGGAGGCUCUGCUGACAUCACACUGCGCAGCUACGUGCAGACGCCGCGCACGCCUGCAGACGCAGGUGUGACCCCGUCCUCAGGUGUGGCUCCGCCCCCGGGUCUGGCUCCGCCCCCGGGUGUGACUCCACUCGCUCCCGCCUCCAGGGAGCCGUCCUGUCGGAGCGAGCAGCACCAGCCUGCGCACUACUUCUCCGGGACCGCCCCGCCCCCCGGGGGCACGCCCACCGAGGCCCCGCCCCCGCCGCCUGGCUCCUCCUCCUCCUCCCCCACCGGCCCGCCCCCCUUCCCCCGGGGAGAGGGAGGGGGGCUGCGGAGUCGCAGCAACAGCUCCGAGCGCCUGCUGGAGCCCCCUGGUGGCGCGGCGGAGGACUACCACGACAGCGAGGGCACCCGGCGGGCGAGGGCCGUGGAAAACCAGUAUUCCUUCUACUGAGGCCCGGAAUUCCCGGGACUCGGCCUCGUCUUCCCGACUGAGCCACAGGGAACGCCGGAAUACUCCUUCCUCCCAGGUAACGGGUGGCAAGGAAAUGCUGCAGAUCCGCAUCGUCCAAAAUAACCAAUAAUAUUUACAUUACAUUACAGGCAUUCAGCAGACACUCUUAUCCAGAGCGACUUACACAACUUUUUAUUUUUCAUAAUAAUAAUAAUAAUAAUAAUUGAUUGCAGUUAUAAAGCUCUCUUCAUGAUCUCAAAGUGCUUUUCAGUGAAGGGGGGGAACUGACCUCCACCCCCUCCUGGGUGAUCCACGGCAGCCAUUUUGUGCCAUAGCUGAGGAGGGGGGCGGGCGGGCGAGACAGACAGGGCCAGUAAAAUGGGAUUUUUAAUCAGGGAGUUUAGAAAACAUUUAAAAUCGCAUCCAGUAGCUGUGUUCUCUGUGUGAGUCUGACUCUGUGGCUGGGUGAAGGUGGGGCUCUCUGUGUGAGUCUGACUCUGUGGCUGGGUGAAGGUGGGGCUCGUUCCAGUGUGGAUUGCAUUUGGUGAAGUGGGCGGGGUCUGGAGGCCAGAGCAGUCAUGUGACUUUCAUUCUCCAGACCACUUCCUCCUUCAACUUUUUCAAACCUCUGGAAAUUUAAAUAUUCCCUGUCGCUCCUCACUUAUCGAGAGUACAUGUGACCCGGUUGUUUUCUCUGUCCGACUCUCCGGUGUAUUUUCUUGUUUGUGGAAGCUUUUUCCAGUCGGCUGUGGAAAUAUUCUCCGUCCCCAGACCCCAGAAGCCUCUGCUGAGGCAGCCUGUAGAGAAAGGGCAGGGCUGAAACAGCGAAGCGUCACGUCAGAGCCGAGACCCUUAACAAGCGCGCUGCUGUUUGCUGGAGGCUUGGAGCUGCCUGUCGUGGGCCAGCCGCUGGGCAGCCAUUUUGCUUGGUCUGGUGUCAGACCAUUAGAGCUGCCGCAACACAGCUACGGCAGGUUGAGUGUAUUAACACUUCACUGGUGCUCACUUGCACUGUCAAACAAUGCACAUUUUUCCUGAUUAUCUCACAGUACAACUAUUUAUCUUCAAAAAAAGAACAAAUUCAUAUGAAAGGAUUUAGCUUUUGUUUUUUUCCCGUAUGGAUGCAGCUUUGCUCCUCCAUAGUGCGUGUUGAUCGAAGUGUUCAGGUCCUUGCGGUGGCAGCCGGGAUCCACAAGAGGUCCAGGGCAGCUGCAUUUACACAAAGAGUGCAAAGAGUGAUAUAAAUGCGCAUAUUGGCAAACGCACUCAGGUUUUCCUCAAAGCUAUUCACGCGAGCGGUGUAGUUCUGCUUCUUCUGAUGUGUUUUGCCAUUUUAAGAACGUGCAGACCACCUCAAACCCCACCUAUUGCACACCUGGCCAAUCACUGCGGAAUGUGGGCAGACUUUGGAAUGUUGUUUUCGGAAAAGCGGCGAAAUAUUUUGGACACUGACCCCCCCGUCCAAUCCGGCUGUCCGAAGGGAGCUUUCCGAUGCUCUCCGACAUUCAGAACAGCAGUUCCUCUGAAGCGUGCGGUCGCCUUAACAGUAAACAAACGGGCCAGCAGUCUGAGUCUUUGGCGAGAGCUUCCAGGUGCAAAGUCGCUCGUGCUUUCUAACUGGACCUGGCCAGCCUCACCGUGGAAACGCUCUUCUGGGCAUCACCCUUCCGCACGCCUAGGGGCCCAAAAUCCCACUCCCCUCCCACAAACAGAAGCUCUCUCUCUCUAGAAAGGUUACAUCAAGACCUUGUGCAUUCCACCCAAUCUCACAUCCACUGAAUUUAUGAGAGGGCGUCCAGGGAGAAGGUGAGAGGCAUGUCUGGUGUCUGUUUUGUGUUCGAUGAGGCUCCUGGGUGUUCUUCACCCGUAGCUCCAUGCUAAUUUGUCUCGGUGCCCAUCGGAUUCAGACCAGAAGUUAAUAUGGAUCCCCAUCCUACAGCCCUACAGCCCUAUGGGCAUCUUUGUCUAUAUCUCUGGGGCAUGUUGUGAUCUGUGACACCUUGUAUGACCAGCAGAGGGCGCCAGAGAGGCAGGCGGUCGCUCUGCCACUGGGUGAGGGAACAUUUGUUACUGUUCAUGUGCCAAUUUGAGACAUUUCUAGAAAGUAUUUAUUUAUCAGCCAUUGUAAAUUACAUAAUCUUUUUUUUUUUGUUUGUUUUAUUAUUUGUAGUAUUUUCUGAAUUUUAUUUAAUUUUUUUUGUGUGUGAACAAACCCUUCCAGUUCAUCGUUAAAUCAGAUCUGUUCACACAAAGCAGGGAUAUACCCUGGCCUGCAUCGUAAAAUUUUGUCUUUCUUUUUGAACCAUUUAAAGCUGCCUCCUUGUGUUUGUUCCGGUGUUCAUUUUUUUAAGAAACUAUUUUUUAAGGCUGAAUUUUGUUGUCCGGCUGAGUUUUAAAGAGUCCGUGCACUUUUUGUACAAAGUGAUGUACUUGAUGUACUACUUUAUAUUUCUGUGAAUAAAACUGGUGAACAAUCUGUUUAAAAA